UCAGGCGAUUGAGCGUCGUCUGCCCCUGAGGAGAAUUUGAGGGCAGCCGCCAUUGUUGUGCGUUCUCCUUUCCUCUGAUUACUUCUGAGGAAAAAUGGCUUCCCGAAGGACUUCGGAUGCCAAAGCAGACGCUGCCAAAGGCAGUGGAGACCAUGUUUUCCUUACCGGUGAGAACCCCAGCGCUGCUGUGGCUUUUGGUAUCCCCGGGGCUCCGGGUGAACCUGGCGGGCCUGGCGGGCCUGGUGAGCCUCGCGGCCCUCGCGGGCCUAGCGGGCCACUUGAGCCUGGCGGUCAGAGCGCUACCUAUUCGACUGAAGUGAUGGAGGUUAAGCCUAGUAGCACUGUUGGGGUGAGUAAACCAAUUGAGAUGAUUGAGCAGAGCAAGCCAAUUGAGAUAAUGGGAUCGAGUGACGAGAUCGAACCCAUGGGACAGAAUGAGCCGAUGAUGGGACCAGUGAUGGGACCAAAUGAGCCAGUGACAGGAUUUAAUGUGCCAGGGAUGGGAUCUAAUGAGACUGUGAUGGGACUUAAUGCACCUAUGAUGAGUCAGAAUGAGCCCGUGAUGGGGCGUAACGAGACUGUGAUGGAACCUAAGGAAUCUAUUUUGGGACUUAAAGAGACUGUGAUGGGAUCUGUGCAGAGUGGGCCAAGUGGAGAGACUGAGCUCAAAAUGCAAAUUGAGGAAAGUAAGCAGAGUGAGAUAAAGGAACAGAACGUUCCAGAUGAGCCCGGUGAGGCAAGCGGGCAAACUAAAGCAGUUGAGCUGAGCGAGGUGGUAGUGGCAUCAGAGGUGAGAGGGCCUUUUGAGGCAAGAGGGCCUCCUGAGAUGAAUAUAAGUGGGCCUUUUGAGGCGAGUGGGCUACUUGGGGCCUGCGGGCCACUUGGAGCCAGUGGGCCACUUGGAGCCAGUGGGCCGCUUGGAGCCGGUGGGCCGCUUGGAGCCGGUGGGCCGCUUGGAGCCGGUGGGCCGCUUGGGGCCAGUGGGCUACUUGGGGCCGGCGGGCCACUUGAGGCGAGUGGGCCACUUGAUGUGAGUGGGGCCACCGCAGUCCCAAUGGCAUCCCUGUAUGUGGGCGAUCUCCACCAUGACGUGACAGAGGCAAUGCUGUAUGAAAAAUUCAGCCCUGCUGGGCCUAUCUUGUCCAUUCGAGUGUGUAGGGAUAUGCUCACCCGCCGUUCCCUGGGCUACGCCUAUGUUAACUUCCAGCAGUUAGCGGAUGCUGAGCGGGUGCUGGAGACCAUGAACCUGGAUGUGAUUAAGGGCAAGCCGGUUCGUAUUAUGUGGUCCCAGCGUGACCCCUCCCUGCGCAAGAGUGGCGUAGGCAACAUUUUCAUCAAAAAUCUAGAGAAGUCCAUUGACAACAAAGCCCUGUAUAAGACUUUCUCUGCCUUUGGUAAUAUCCUGUCCUGCAAGGUGAUCAGUGAUGAGAAUGGUUCUAAGGGCUAUGGCUUUGUUCACUUUGAAAACCAACAGGCUGCCGACAAAGCCAUUGAGAAAAUGAAUGGGGUACGUCUGAAUAAUCUCAAAGUAUAUGUAGGACGCUUUAAAUCCCGCAAAGAGAGAGAACUGGAACUUGGAGCUAGAGCUAGAGAUUUCACUAAUGUGUACAUCAAGAAUUUUGGAGAAGAUAUGGACAAUGAUAGACUUACUGAGGUCUUUGGCAAAUUUGGACAUGCUUUGAGUGUAAAAGUGAUGACUGACGAAAGUGGCAAGUCCAAAGGUUUUGGAUUUGUGAGUUAUGAAAAACAUGAAGAUGCUCAGAGAGCUGUAGAUGAAAUGAAUGGGAAGGAGUUCAAUGGAAAGCGCAUUUAUGUUGGCCGAGCUCAGAAAAAGGGAGAAAGGCAGACAGAGCUCAAGCGCCAUUUUGAACAGGUGAAACAAGAGAGAAGCAGCAGAUACCAAGGUGUUAACCUGUAUGUGAAAAAUCUUGAUGAUAGCAUUGAUGAUGAGCGUCUCCGCAAGGCGUUUUCUCCAUUUGGUACAAUCACCAGUGCAAAGGUUAUGAUGGAAGGGGGCCACAGCAGAGGCUUCGGGUUUGUUUGUUUCUCUGCACCAGAAGAAGCUGCCAAAGCAGUUUCCGAAAUGAAUGGCAAAUUGGUAGCUACUAAACCUCUCUAUGUAGCUUUAGCUCAGCGCAAACGAGACCGCCAGGUUCACCUGACAAACCAAUACAUGCAGAGAAUGGCCAGUUUCCAAGCCAUGUCUAAUCCAGUGUUCAGCCCCUAUCAGCCACCUCCGACUUCCAGAUACUUCAUGACACCUCUUCCACAACCUCAGACACGCCCUGCCUAUUAUCCUUAUGGGCAAAUUCCUCAAUUCAGACCGAGUCCUCCUCACUGGGCAGUUCCAGGGGGAAGAUUUCAUCCAUUCCAGACCAUCCCAGGUGUAAUGCGUCCAAGAGGACCUGCACCUGCACCUGCACCUGCACCUGCACCAUUUAAUCCUGUGACGUCUUCAUCCGUACCAGUUUCAGCACUUAUGAAUACUCAGCAUAUUGUUAAUCCAUCAAGCCAGAUGUUAGGGCCACCAAAUCCACCAUUUAUGCCUCCCAUGCGCUCAGUUCAGCAAUACAAAUAUGCUGCUGGAGUCCGCAAUCCCAAACACCUCAAUAUGCCACUACCGGUUACUACUCCUCAGCCUGCUGGCCUUUUUGAAUUCCAGGAGCCUCUAACUGCUUCCAUGUUAGCUGCCACUCCUCCUCAGGAGCAAAAGCAGAUCUUAGGGGAACGGCUGUUCCCUCUCAUUCAAGCCCUAAAUCCUGUUUUGGCUGGCAAGAUCACUGGCAUGCUGCUAGAGAUCGACAACUCGGAGCUUCUUCACAUGCUUGAGUCUCCUGAGUCUCUCCAGGCCAAAGUUGAUGAAGCUGUGGCUGUCCUGGAAGCUCAUCAGGCUAAAGAAGCUGCUGAGAAAAAAGGUGACACUGAUCCAAAGAUGCCACCAGAUUAAAAAGAAGAUAGCAUUAGGGCUCACAAAAUUCAAUACCUAAUUGGCUCCCCAAAUGUUCUCAAUAGGGAAAAAGUAAACGAUUCGGAAAAAAUCCAAAUUUUAGUUUAGUUUUAAAAAGAUGAGAACAAAUACAAAUUAUUAACCCCAACAAAAUAACCCGUGAGCCCAAUAUAUUAAGCAAAUAAAUGCUAAUUCUUCACCUCUUGAGUGUGAUUCUUUAUUAUUGCAUAAAAAACAACUGAAAUUCUAAAUGGUAAAAUCUAAAAACACAAAUAAAUUGCUCAGGUGGGUGGGUGGGUGAGG